AUCCCCCCGCCUCUUCGCGCGCGCCGUGCUGCGGGAAAAGCUUUGCUCGCAAGCGACGCCCCCCGAAAAUCGACGCCUGUGAUUCUUUGACGUCUCGAGUUCCCAUCCAGCCAGACAGAUAACACUGCACAGUUCGCCAGCGUUCACCCAACGGGUCUGCACACUCAAUCUCUGCUCAUCUGCAGAUUUCCAUUCUGACAGUGUUCUCCUUUUUCCGCGGCAAUACAGAUUGCUACAUGCAGUGCGCCUUGUUAAAGUGUUUAAGGACUUGGCUUUGUAUGCGUUUACACUUUAUUCCAAUAAACUUGACAUUCAUUGCAAAGUAAUAAUGUAUACAACUUUACGAUUAAACGCUUGAAACCAAUAAAAAUCAUAGAAUAAUGUUACUUCAGCGGUAGGUCCAUUCGAAAAGUCAUUUCGAAUAUUUUAUGGCAAUAUGUGAUGAUGAACAUUUAGCAAUAUUAGAGUACAAAUUACGCUCACGGUAUUGUGAGACACGACAACAAAAAUUAUUUCAUCUGCAUCUUAUUGUGAUACGAUCUCGAAGCGAACCAAAAUAAGAGAAGGUUUAGUUUGAUAAGGUAACUAGAAUCAAAAACCAAAAAUUUAACUUCUAGCUCUGUAAUUUCACUCGAGUGCGUAAAUGAGAACAUGAAUGGUGUUGCCACUAUGGGAUCGUCGGAAGAACAUCAUAUUCAUCAUUCUCAAUCUCAAAACGAAAGUAAUUCGGAUCAUCCGAGAAGUCCAUCCAGUCCCAUGAGCAAUCGACACGACUCGGGCGAGAGCAGCGUGAUAUCGCCAGGCUUACCAGAGCGUUACAGUCCUCUGCAAGCGGCAGCCUCGACCCCGUACGGUUCACGGUUGCAAGAGUGUCCAGUACCGCUGUGUCGUGGCUUGGAUUUCCCGGCAGCGCGCUCACCUUAUCUGACGGCGUUGGAGAAUGGUCAUCCAAUGUUAGGAAUGCCUCAUCAUCCUCCACCGCCACCGCCGCCACAGCAGCAACAGCAACAGCAGCAGCCGCCACCAUCGUCGAGGCAAUCGCAGCAAGCGGCUGACAGGCAGAGCGCCAAGGCCAGCAGAAGUUCCAGACUGAUUUGCAUCGUUUGCGGAGAUACCAGUUCUGGCAAGCAUUACGGAAUUCUGGCGUGUAACGGAUGCAGUGGCUUCUUCAAGAGAAGCGUCAGACGGAAACUCAUAUACAGAUGCCAAGCAGGUACAGGUCGUUGCAUCGUGGACAAGCCGCACCGCAAUCAGUGCCAGGCGUGUCGACUGAAAAAGUGCAUGGAGAUGGGAAUGAACAAAGACGCGGUGCAAAACGAAAGGCAGCCACGUAAUACGGCAACCAUCAGGCCGGAAGCUCUCGUCGAAAUGGAUCAGGAACGAGCGCUCCGUGAAGCUGCAGUUGCCGUUGGUGUGUUUGGACCACCAGUAUCACUAGCGAUGGCGAGGUAUGCUGCACCGCUGCCGUUACCCACUGUUGCGCCAUCGUCAAAUCCACAAAAUGCUCCGUCGCCUCCGCGUCAUGAUAAUGACGAGAACGGCAACGCGUCAGAGGACAGUAUAGACGUUACGAACGAGGAGCCGUUGACUCCACAGCCGCGCGAGGUGAACGCAAGCAACCACAGCCAGAUUCCACCCGUGACGCCAAUCAUCUAUUCACCGACGGAGACGGUCUAUGAGAGCUCGGCAAGACUUUUAUUCAUGGCCGUUAAGUGGGCCAAGAAUUUACCAUCUUUUGCCAGUUUGCCAUUUCGCGACCAGGUAAUCCUGCUGGAAGAGUCAUGGUCAGAAUUAUUUUUACUGAACGCCGUGCAAUGGUGCCUACCUUUGGAGUCAUCGGCUCUAUUUAGCGCAGCAGAGUUGACGGUAUUGUCGCUACCGCCACACCCAGUUCAUUCGCACACUGGUCUUCAUUUUCCCUCGCCAACCAAAUCCAAUCAAAUCGCCUCAGAUGUACGCUAUUUACACGAUAUGUUGCAGAGAUACAAGACCGUUAUGGUUGAUCCUGCAGAGUUCGCCUGCAUGAAGGCUAUUGUGCUGUUUCGCCCUGAAACACGAGGUCUAAAAGACUCAAGCCAAAUCGAGAAUCUUCAAAACCAAGCCCAAGUAAUGUUAGGUCAACAUACACGGAGCCAACAGCCGAGCAAUCCAGCACGUUUCGGUCGACUUUUACUGCUUUUACCAUUGUUGAGAAACGUACCGGCUAUGAGAAUCGAGCAAAUCUAUUUCCAACGUACUAUUGGCAAUACACCAAUGGAAAAAGUUCUCUGCGACAUGUACAAGAAUUGAAUUGAUGAUCGAUUCGAUAUAUAAUAUCGACAGUGUUGAUUGUUUAUUUGUAUAUACGUCUAUUUAAUACUAUGUCUAAAUCUUAUAGAUUAGGGCUGAAGUUCGAUUAGGAAAUUUAUUAUCACAACAGAUACUUAUUAGAGAUUUACGCAAUACUACUUUGGUACUUCGGUACUACAGGUACUUUGUAUUUACAUUGUUAUUUUAUUGAUAAAAGGAUAAAAUACUUGGUUGGAUAAAUUAGUACUUGUUUAUUCGAGAUAUCAUUUGUAUUUGGUAAGUUCUUCUGAUGCUCUAUAUUAAUCACGACAAUCAAGUUUGUUGUUAAUGGGCAAUUCCUAUGCGCAAUAAAUUAUUGAAAAUAUGCGAGUAUUAAUAGUAUUUUAACGAAAGUAUUACUACUCGUGUAAUCAAAAUUUUAUUAAUUUUAUUAUUAAGGAGAGUGAAAUAAAUGAUAAUCACGUAACUUAUGUAGUCCUGUGAGUAUUAUUGAGAUCUUGGACAAAUCAAAUGAAAUUCUUUUGUUAUAAUAUUAAUCUUAUGCUAAAAAAAAGAGAUUGUUAUAGAUAAUUUUGAACAGGUAAAUAAUAAAAAAGUUAAUUAUUAAGAGUAAGGAUGAUAAUAGAUAAUGAAGAUAGGCUGUGACCUAGACAAAGAUCGAUAGAAAUGUGACGUGGUGGCAACGAAACAAACAAUAUGUUAUGAUGAAGGCCUAAAUGCAAAAUGUCGGAAAAGUAUUAAUCUAAUAUCAUUUCCUUCUAAAUUCUAUACAAGAAAAUUAUAUUCUUCUCAGUUAAAAUUUGCCAAUUAUUUGAUAUACUUUUUGUCUGAUUAUACUCGGUAUCCGUUGAAGAAACAUAAAUAUUCAUAUUUUGUACUACAUGUCAGAGUCAGUUAUAUACGUCUUCAAUGUAAAUCGAUUAAAAAAAAACCCGCCUUCCUAUCAGAUAAUGUUCAUCUCAUCCUCUAUGGACAGCGCGGUUCAGUUCAAUCACAAGAUAUAUAGUCAAAAAACAGAAUUUUGUGAAUGGUCAGUUUACAACAAAAAACUAUCAAAUAGAAUUGUACUAGUCCAUGAAACAGUAGUGUCAACACGCUGUAAAAUAAAAAAAGUAUCGGCCGAAAAUUCUUUGCGCGCCUAUUGUAUAUUCCAUGUUGUUCGGAUAAAUGACUGUCAUCGUAAUAAUUAAAAAAAAACGCUGUAUUAAUAAUG